CCAAACAACGGCUUCACGCUUUAUUCUAACACUGCUGCCGCUGCCUAAUAAUAAAUAUUCCAUGUUAUCUUCAACUGCUUUGACAUCUUAGUCCAUACUUUAAUACCGAUUUCCUCAGAGAAUGGCAUCCUAUCAUCGUGUUCUUCGGACCUUUGAUCGAAGUAUAGACGACAAGAUCAUUGAAUGCGAUUACGACAUCCACCCAUGGGAUAUUCUCAUUGAUAAUGAACGCUGGCCUGGCAAGAUACGGCUCAUCGGCUACAUUGAUGUGUUCUUCUUGAUAUGCUACUCGGGCGAAUCCCGAUUUGAGCAUGGUAUCAUCAUUUAUAAGGACGACGAAACCAUUCGGCAGCUGUUAAAGAUGGCAGGGUUGAAAGCUGACGACGAGUCUGUUAAGCUGGAGUGUAUCAAUAAAGAAAAAGAUGAAGCCUUGCGAAAAUAUUACUCAUUAAACACCGAGGAGGACGGUAAUAAGCACAUAAUUGCCAGCUUAGGCCAUCCCGUUGGUUUGGCGAUAAAAUAUCGAAAGUCGCAGCUUAAAAAGUACACCAUUAGCCUGCACAAGGGACACACUCCAGCCAUGCAGAAAGAAAUACAGCGUGGCGUCAUGCAACAUGGGAUAACGAGAUUGAUUAGCGACGCUCUGAAACUCGGUGUGGUGUCGACGGCUGGUCUUAUUAGCAAGAUUAAAGGGAGCAUUGUUAGCGGCUCGAGCCUUGAAACAACGACGACGAAAUCCAUCAAUGCACUUACUGCUACAAAGGCUCACAACGUUGUUUUAUCGGCUGACCAAACAUAGGGCCCCAAUAAGACGAGGCGCCGUUCCAUGAUGUCGAGGGUAUCGCAGAUGGAAAACGAAUUACUUGAGAGUUGCUGGGCCCCAUGUCUGCAAAUACAAGCGCCUUAUGAUGGCGAUAUAACGGUUCAAUCCAUCGUUUAUACAGUCCUCAAUAAAGUCUUCGUUUAUACAAUCCUUUAAUAAAGUCGAAC